GUUCCCGAUAUAGAAACCCCGAGCAGCGGGUGGGGGUCGUCCCUUCCCCGGUGCCCGCGCAGCAUCGAGCAUUGCCAGCCCAUGACGCGAGCUCGAACCAAACGGUUUUCUUUCGCUGAGCCACGGGGAAAGGGGGGAUGAGAAAGGAGGAAUCUUGCCGAGGCGCGCUUUUUCUUUUUUGUGCCUGCCUUUCCAGCUCCUUCCUUCCUUCGCGAACACUCAUGGUGCCCCCCCCAGCGGAUUGCGUAGUGACGUUAGUAUAAGCCUACUGCCACGACGGGAGCAAGCAGGCCGCGUUCACAUCCCAUCCUCGUGCGUGGAUUAACGGACGCUACCUCUGCGCCCUCCUGGAUCGUGUUGUGUGUGUGCUCGCGGGUUUUGCCUAAUCUCCCCGGGUGGACGUCGCGUCGACCGCCGGACGGUAGCCUGAAACAACGAGGCUGCUGCGUCGUUCCUCUCGUGAGAGCUCGGUCAUUGCCGCAAUAGCCGAACCAUCGUUGCAACGACAAAGAGCCCGUGCGUUUCUUGCGAGGCACUUCCUCCCUUUAUUCGAGAUCCCAGAUAUUCGUGCCUUCCAUUGGCUUGCUGGCAACAAUUAGGAAUUCGCUCGAGUGGCUACGGACAUUCCAUUUCUGUGCCUUCAAUAUAGCCUUCGUGCGUGACCUGUUCAAAGACUGUCUUCAGUGGCAUUAAUCGGCAGUUCUCAGAGUGGCUUUUCAAGCUUGUAGGCCUUGUGUGUAUUGCUGGUCAAGUGUGGAAUAUAGUACAAAUUUGUUAUCAGAACUUCUGCUUGUGGAAGUGCUGCUUGUGAGCCUUACGUUCAACAUUUCAAGUGCAUCAUUUCAACGGGGCAGUGGCAAUUGUGGUUGUGUAUCUGAGGAGCCCACACUGUGACUGUCAAGAGGAUCACUCCAUUGUUAGAUACCACACAACUUCCCAAUCUAUUUGUAUCACUGACGAUUAUAAAGAUCCAUCACCUGGCCUGGUGACUGCAAGGCAACUUCCUCCGAUGAAAUUCAGUUGAGCUGACUGAAAUAGAAAGGUGUCACUGUGAUGUGGCACAUUGAGUGAUUAGCACUGCAUACUGUCACGUGAUCACCAUUACGUAGAGUGCUAGUGAAAGUGGCUGGGCUGUGGUGUUGGUUCAAAAAACAAGGCUGACGAAAACCUUGACAAGUGAUUUUGCCCGCAGAGAAGUGUCUCACCAAGAAAAACAGAUAGCCUCGUCUACUAUAUCUUGUAUAACAGCAAUUUAUUUUGGCCACAAUACUCCUCUGCAAGGUAAACCUGUUGAAACACAACAAUCGCAUGCCAUGCACGUGCAGUGUGUGCCAACUCCAUUUGCUUCUCUUCAUGUGCAGAUGGAUGGCAGAAAGGGAAACGAGUUUUUCUUCCUUGUUCAAGCUCAUGUGAAGAGCUUUCUCCACAGCUGAAAGUGCAAGAAAUCUUUUUUUUUUUACAUUACCUAAUGUAUGCUUGUGAAUUGGAGGCCUGAGGUACUCGCUCGUAGGCUAAAGCAAGACAACAAUUGUGCAUCUGUGGACGGCGAGCUCCAACAGAUUAUAUCUUGAGAUUUACAGCAAGUAUUUAUGCAUUGGUGUUUUUGUGAUUCAGGUGCAGUUUCUGCUCGUGUGUUUCUGUGGUGCUACCCUCAGUGUGGUCCUGGCAGACCCGGCAAAUGAGCUUGCCAACCACCCAAUGAACAGGUGCUAAAGAGAGCUUCAGUUACUCGCUCCCUGGUAGAUGAGAGCCUGAGUCCCUCAAGAAGAGCUGGUGACAAGAGCAGCUAGAUUGAUAGGCAAUUGUUUGUGACUAAGCAGCUGCUCUGAAAAGGACGGCACACAAGGUGUAUGCUCAUCGUGCAGCAUACUUUGGAAGCAAAGUGCCACUUGUCUCCAAGAUUGCGGUGUUUGUCUAAGUUGGACAGGCAGCUGUUGACGUUGUUGCAUAUUAACUUUUCAUCAAAAAAAUUGCAAGAGCUUUGUGAUAGUCCCGAACCUAAUCAGCUUUGAACAAGCAGACUUUCUGGCCACGAAAGUGGGAUUGUACCUGGAAAGCAGAUUGAAGAAUUUUCUCAUACUCUUUCCUCUUCGGCGGGCAUUAGUGUAUGCAUCCUUGAUCAUUCAGAACAACCACCUAACCUGCUGAAAACCUGGAACAAAUCUGCAGUGACAGAUAUUGAGAACUGAAACCACAUUUGAAAGUGUGAGACACUGUGAACCUCGUGAUAUCAUCAUCACCAAUUGUGGAGGGCGAAGUGGUAGCAAAUACAGACUACAACAUGGCAUCAACUGCAGCUGAUGGAUCACUUACGGGUGCCCACAUGGCUGCAGCAGCGGCUGCAGCAGCCGCAACACCGGCUACAACUCCGACUGCACUGCAGUUGGCUUUGGAUCCCACGCUGCAGAUGUUCCCAAGACUAAUUGACCGGCAGACCAUGAAUCUUUUUGGAUUUCCAGCCAUCAUGCAACAGGUGAGUUGUUCUGGCCUCGGCGCGUACUCCGACGACGCGUUGCAGCGUCCGCACCACGUGAGUCCAGCCGCACUCCCCUGUUCAGUGGUUUCAGGUGCACGCGACGGAUGUGACCGGGACGAACGUCGGUCGCACAUGGUGCAGACCCAGAUGGCGUCCAGCUACCCCCAGUACGUGACCCAGAAUGGCGGCGAGCGGGCUGACGGCAAGGACGGUUCCUUCGCCCUGCCCAUCGUCACCUCAAACGGCGUCGAGCAGCAGACGAUCGUGAAACAGAAACUGUCGGCCGAUGCUGGCGCAGCCGCGCGCAUGCGCAUUGCUUACCUCGAGCAACCAGGCACUCUCGAAGCCAGGGACAUCACCGGCACAGCCGUCGACAAACAAACUGACCUCGAGCCCGAUGCCAAUGGUGCUGCCACAGGAGUGGUACUUACCGGCGCCCAGGCAGCAGGGGCCCAGGCCGCAGCAGCCGCUGGCAUGGCAGUCGUGGAGGCAGCCAAGAACGGCCAGCCCAAGCGGCUGCAUGUCUCAAACAUCCCGUUCAGAUUUCGGGACCCCGACCUGAGGCAACUCUUUGGCCAAUUUGGUGCCAUUCUUGAUGUUGAAAUCAUCUUCAAUGAACGGGGUUCUAAGGGCUUCGGUUUUGUCACGUUCGCAACUAGUGCGGAUGCGGACCGAGCACGAGAGCAAUUGAACGGCACAGUUGUCGAAGGCAGAAAGAUCGAGGUAAACAAUGCGACAGCGCGGGUACAGACCAAAAAGACGCCGACAAUACCCAACGGUGAGCAGACAGUGGCCGCUCUGCGGGGCGUAGCGAUCCAGCGGGGCCGAGCGCGGGGCGCGGCCGCGGCCCCGUUCGCUGCCGCCUUUGCGCGACACCCAUCACCACUCACUGCAGCUGCUGCGGCUGCUUCUGCACUCCACGGCUACACUCCUGUGUACCAGGAUCCGUUCCUCGCAUAUGCAGGCGCCGAGAGGUACCAGCUUCCGGCCACGUAUGCAGCAAGCGCUGCCUAUACAGCGGCAGCGGCGAGGAGUUAUGCGGCCGCAGCUGCAGCUGCACAGCCAGCCGUGGCUUCCUACACUGCUGUGGCAGGCUCCCCUUCGCUCUACUACAGCUAUGGGCGGGAGUAUGCCGAUCCCUACCUGGGCCACAGCAUAGGACCAGUUGCCGGCUACGGGGUGAGUGUGCCGACGGCAGUCUACCGGAGUGGAUACAACAGAUUCACUCCCUACUGAAGGUGUCCCUCAAGUGGAGCAGCUACGCCGGGUGGGGAGGGACAAUGAGGGCCAACGGGACGUGGGCAAGAGAAGAAAAAAAUCUUGUCGCCGGCAGCAGUUGACCAGUGCAACGUCGAAGCUUCACCACCCUCAUUGUCGCUCCCUGACUUGUCAUCAUAUGGCUUUUUCUUUCUUUCUUUUUUGUUUCUUUUUCUUUCUUUUUUUUUUUUUAGCUGUCCCGUCCCUCCCCCUCGACUUUCCCAUUUAGUUCUUACUUGUCACUCAGCACAUAAAGGAAAAUGUAUGGGUGGGGAAAAUGCAAGAAGUUUUUCUCUUUACAUCGCCGCAUUACUCGCCACUCCCCUUAUAAAGUGUAUGUAUGUGUGCCCAGUUUGCACCUGUUCUGUCAUCCAUGGUGAGACUUUCUGUGCCGCUCGCGUUCUCACGGGGCAGCGGGAGGGACAUGUGGGUUGACACCUCGCAUCUUGGUCACUGGCCAUGCAGAUGUCGUUGCAAGCCACCUUGUCUUGUACCUCUCACCCAUGCUUUGUCAUCCUACGGGACGAGACACUUUUGGGGGCCUUUCUGCAUCUGCUUUGCUUCUAUUGUUGUUCUUUCUUGGCUAUGAAUUUCUAUGUUUCGCUCUGUUUAACAUUGUAAGCACAUUUCAGUUCUUCGCAACCUUUAUUUUGACUUGGCAAAAAAAAAAGGAAUGUAUGAAGCCGUGCAACUUCCUUUUAGUUACCCAUUUAUACAUGCCAAGGUCACCUGGCCACUGUAGCCAUUCAUCACUUUCCUUUUCUGUCCAAUCCUGCAUUGUAGCUUGCGUGCAUCCACUGCCCUCCAUUGAAGUUAUGGCAUCACUCACUGAUCCUCGGGUUAGCCCACAUUCUUUCCUUUUCGGUUUCUCCACUUUGGUGGUUGGCGGCGCAGUUACAUCCCCAUGUUUUGGCCACUGUAAUGUGACCUCAGUGUCAACGUAAUUUAAGUUUUUCUUUUGAGUGAGUAAGUCAGCGAUUUUUUUUUCUUUUCCUUUUUAACAUUGCCAUUGCAGCAUCAUCAUUAUUUCUCUUCCUCCUAAAAUUUGGUCGGUUCCCUCUCCCCUUCUUAAGCUGCGUCGGCCUUCGUUUGUCAACCUGUAUUCCUUUCUUUUUCCCUUCCUUUUUUUUUUUCGUUGUCGUUUGCCAAGGCGCAUUUUUAGCAUUUGUGUUUUGUGGUCGUCUCUAUUAUUUUGUUAUUAGUGCUGUGACGUUUCAAUUCAGGUCACCACUUCAGCGUGCAUUGUCUCGGUCAGUCAAAGAAUGGUAGAGGAAAAAGAAAAAUGCCUGGAAGUGAUGGUUAAGGACAGAUUAUUCUGGAAAGCAAGGGAUCCCCUAUGACUUGGCUUCAGUUAGUGGUGAGAGAAACAUUGUCUUGUUUAUUAGCUUGAGUGUUCUGCAAAGGGCAUCUUCCUGCCUCGUUAAGCUUUAGGGCAAGUCAGUGUGGUGUUUUCUGUUAGCAAAAAUGUAGCAUCACACUGAUGUAUAGAGUAAUUAAAAAAUAAAAGUGGUGGAUUGGUUGGUCUUCUGGAUGUUACGCAUGACUGGAAAGAACUGCACCACAAAUCUAUCGCGUCAAGCCGUAUUGGGUAAGGUCGCAAGAGUCUCUGCAGAAUGCGGUAGAGCCAGGAAGCACGGCUUUGGAACGGUAUGUCUUGUGUUCUCAAUCAUACCAUUCGUGUAACACGUGAAAGCUGGAUUCGGUCUGCCUUCUAGAAGCUAUUUGGUGUGCAAAACACAAGGUUUGCCAAUUGCCAAUAAAUCGUCAUUUUUAAUCUUAUGCUUGCGUGUAAAUUCCAAUAGCAUCAUUGAGCGAGGCUCCCCGAAUGUUUAUGCAAUUUUGAGUACAUGGUUAUCUACUCUGGCUGGCAGUAUUUUUUUAGCACUGUACAAGGCCGCAGCUGACACAAGUCUUUUGAAAGUUGGCAACUUUAGUGUUAUAGCAUCCUGGAUAGAGCAGUUUAUUAAUAUACUUCGGAAAAAAGUAGUGAGGGGAGUUGUCUGUCAAAGCAUAUGCCACCUGUGCUCUGUGGCAAAUGGUGGGAAAAUGACAUGGGAUAGUUCUUGAGCCGGAUACUUCAGGCAGUCAGUCAUGUCGCCAAAGACUAAAAUACUCUGUCGCACGAUGGUGACAUACACACAAGCUCAGUUGUAUUUUUUUUUUUUCGCACUGUACAUAUUUAUUGUCUCAGCUUGUCCAAGCAGUUCUGCCUUUCCCUCUGCAUCUGAAGAUCUAUUCAACUUUUAACUAUGUAGUUCCAUGUACUGAGCAAAACAAAGCAGUUAUUUUCUUCUAUUCCUUUAUUGUUGGCUGCUUUAAUGACCAAGGCCAACUUUGCAGUCACAGGAAAUUAAGCAUAUAGAGAUGGUCGAAAAGAGGGAAAGGUGAAGCCCAAAUGUCUGCUGUUCACAUCAUUGACAACUGAACACUUUAUUGCAGUUGUUGAGGGCCCUAGUUCUCGCCGGACCCCCCAUCCUCUUUUGCAGAUGUCGCUCUCAACUCACUUUUACCCUGAAGCAGCUUCUACUUUCCCACGCUGCACGCGUUUUUGAUAAAGUGGUCAAAGCCUCGGGCGAUAAGUGUCAAAUCCAUCAGCCUGGCAUAAAGUUUAGAUAGCUCCUUUUUCUUUCUUUAUUUCUCGAACACGGUAGUUGCUAGUUGUGUUCCCCAUCUCAACACUUCCCAGCUUUUGAAAGGCUCGCCUUUCAGUAGACAUGAGCUUGUAUAUCCGCACUCUUUGACAGUAGCUGCAUGGCAUUUUUGUUUUAACUUGUCAGCAUGGCCGUUCUGUUUCCUGCAAGGUGUUCAUCACCCAGGACAGCAUUGUAUGUGGUUUUUGUCGAAAUGCCCGUUUUUAUGUUGCACUCAUGCUGGGAGACAGGUUCAAUGCAAGUGAUGAAUCUAAUAACAGGACAUAUUCGUCAGCCUCUCAAGACCCUGUGCUUUUUCACUUGGGUUUCAUUGGCUUUGUUUAAGGCAGGAACGAGGCAACUCUGAAGCACUGUCAAUAACCAGUUCUGUUUCACAUUGUGUGUGUUACCAUUCAUUCAAACCCCAGUAAGACCUCUUUGAAUGGCUUUCAGUUAUGCUGUGCAGAGUAAUCCUGUUGUUGUGCUUCGCAAAAGCUCCAUACUCCCAAGCACUGCUUUGGGAAUUGUGGUUUCUGUUGUGGUGCAGCUGAUUCUUUGGAUGUUUACAAUAUUCUUUUCUUAAGUGCUCGGACAAUUCGAACCAUGUUGUUUGUCACUCCAAGCCUCUCUUGUGUGUGCUGUGUAUCGUAGAAGUAAACGGCAGCUGAUGCCCAUGACUAGGGCUCUUGCAGUACUUUGUGUGUGCUUGUGUGUGCGGGCCCACUUUGCAUUAUGCCUUUCAACAGUUUUGAAUGCAAUCAAUAUUCAACACAUCUAUCUUAUACUUGGUAACUUUUACAGUAAAUUUUGAAACAAAAUUACUGGCACGUAGUAGGUUCCUUUUUCUUCUUUGAUUUUUUUUUUUAGAGUUUUCUUCUGUAAAUUCUGGAGCUUAUUAUUCAGUGCAAACAUGUUGCGACUUGUUUUGUCUACCUCAAGGGCGUUAUUGCAGUUCUCAUUAUAACCUUUCAUGUGGGACACUCGAGAUUAGAAUAAACGUCUUGGUCAUGGUAUUUUAUCAUUUCAAUGAAGUUUUCACUUUGCUCUUCCAAAGCAUUUUUGUGCCUGUGAUGUGCGUGCAUAUAUAGCCCCAAAUGUAAAAAGUGCACAUCCACUUUUGUUUCAAAGAGAGCAGAAUACAGGCAUGACAGCAAGGUCUGGUUUCUUCAAGUACAAGAUUUCCAACACUUCUAAUUCAUUGACGUCCCGCAAUUCAAAGUGUUUGAUUCCCUUUCCUUUGCAUAGCUAACACGCAAAAGACUCGUUUGAUAGUGCUUUAUUUUUUUCUCUGUAAAAUUGUCAAAGCAUGCUAGUUUCAUGUCAAAUAUUUGCAUGUGUGCCGUAUCACUGGCACAUGCCCUUUCCAAUUUAGACAUUCUUUGUGGCAAACUCUUGAAAAAUCUUGUUUCUGCUGUCGUCACCUUGCAAAGUGUAACUAGGCUGAUACCUUCACCUUCAUGAGUGACAUGUUCGUGUUGUGCUUUAUUUUAUUUUCCCCACCGCUGUUCCUUCAAAAAAGGAUGCGAACAGUACACACAAUGAAUCUCUUCUUGUUGCUACACAAAACAGAAACAAGAGAUGCAAGAAGUGGACAAGCAGUCUUUGUUUUUCUUCUUUUCUGUGUGUUGUAUGUGUAAUAAUGGUUGAAUAAACGAAACGGCCGAUGUAAGGAA